CUCCACUCUAACUCUCCUUGCAUUUGGAACAUUGUUACCUCCUGCCCGGCCGGGCGUCGCUCAGCAAGCUGGGAGGAUCUGUAUGGUGAUCUAAUACAGGCAACUGGUGCUGCACAGAAAGAAGUGGCUUUCAUCUGUAUAUACCGCUGACGGAUGUCUCACCCAUGCACAGGGUGAUAACAAGCGGUUUCUUAACCAUUUAUCCCGUACAGCAAGAGAUCAUUACGUCUCAUAUUUUAACCAAGAAGAAUGGAUAGGGGGGAAAAAACAGCAAUUUUGAGAUGUUGAUCGGGAAAAGCCAGGACCAGGGAAUUCCGUGAUUUCAGAGUGGAAACACUGCCCAGGUGGGUGUUUGUUACACCAUGCCAGACCUUCUAGAUCUCUCACCCCCAGACAUUCCAGAGCCAACCUUCUUAGAGACCUUACUUCGAUAUGGACUCUUCUGUGGAGCAAUCUUUCAGCUCAUAUGUAUUCUAGCUAUCGUAUUCCCCGGGAGCAAAUCAAAGGACAUGGAUUCUGAUACUUCUGAAGUGAAAAGCACUGAAGCCUUGAGGAAACCAAAAUUGGCUGCUGCACCAGUUGGAAAAAAAACAAAGAAAGAGACAAAGAAGAAGAGGUGAAAGGGUAGAAAAUACUCCAGCCUCACUGAUGAAGCCUCACCUACACUGAUGAGACUUCCAUAGUUCUGCUGGCUUGGUUACAACCUUUGCAUCUACAUGCCAGACACAUCGUAUGGUGCGAUAAAUAUUUGUUUUAUUCCCAAUUAUUGAAUUAAAAUCCAAGUUGGGUUAUGCA